AUGUCGAGCUCAGCGAUUGGCCAAGUGCCACUUGAGAUCUCCCACCUCGAUCAGGAUUUGAAGGCAAAAAGCAAUGUCGAGACGUACGCGACCGAUAUUGAAGCAGACAACAGUAGUGAUUCGGAUCAUGGAGCUAGCAAACUUUUAGACGGAGAGGAGAGAAGGGAGAUCGUGCCAACUGAGGCCUUCAAGUGGAGUGUCGAUGGAGAUCAAUCACCAUUUCCGGAAGUCGCAGCUUGCGUACCCAACACAGACGAUCCCAGAACUCUUUGCAAUACUUUCAGAGCAUGGUUUCUCUUGACCGUGUUCGUGAUAGUCUUCGCAGGGGCUAACCAGUUCUUCGGACUUCGUUACCCUUCCUUGUCCAUCGGUUAUGUCGUUGCUCAACUUCUUGUUUUCCCCAUCGGUCGUGCAUGGGAGAAGCUACCUCGAUGGCGACUUCCUCUGGGACGAUUUUCGUUCGACAUCAAUCCGGGAAAGUUUACCAUCAAAGAACAUGCUUUGAUUGUUAUUUGUGUUAACAUCUCAACUCAGCUAGCUUAUGCAACAGGCAGUCUGGUCGCCAUCACUAGUCCUGUCUUUUGGGGCCAGGACUUCGGCGCAGGCUUCAGCUUCCUUUUCCUGCUCUCCACACAGAUGAUCGGCUUCGGUCUCGCCGGUCUCUCUCGUCGUUGGCUAGUCUACCCAGCCGCUCUCAUCUGGCCGUCCAGUUUAGCCAGUACCGUGCUCUUCCGAGCACUUCACGAACCAGAGAAGCCUACUUCAGCAAACGGCUGGACAAUCACUAGGUACCGCUUCUUUGCAUACUUUACCAUCUUCGCUUUCGUGAUCUUCUGGUUCCCAGACUAUAUUUGGACGAGCUUGAGUACUUUUGCAUUCAUUACUUGGAUCUUCCCUCAUAGUCAGAAGGUCAACACAAUUUUUGGCAUGAACUCUGGUCUAGGACUGUUGCCGAUAUCCUUCGACUGGACGCAAAUCAACUAUGCUGGUACGCCACUCACGACACCUUUCUACAUUACCUGCAACGCCUUCGCUGUUGUUGUCUUGUUCUAUUUAUUCCUUUCGCCUAUCCUCUACUAUACCAAUGUCUGGAACAGUGCCUAUCUACCACUACUCUCUUCAAGCACAUUCGACAAUACUGGAAAGGCUUACAACGUCACUCGUGUCGUCAAUGCUCACCUGGAUUUUGACCUUGCCGAGUACAAGAAGUACUCGCCAAUGUACAUUUCGAUGUCAUAUUCACUAUCAUAUGCACUCUCUUUCGCAGCCGUCACAGCAAUUGUGGUGCACACAUACCUCUACAACGGUGCUGAGAUAUGGGCAAAAUUUAAGAACUCACGACAUGGCGGUGAGGAUAUUCACAAGCGUCUCAUGCGUCCUUAUAAAGAGGUACCUGAUUGGUGGUAUGGUGUACUCACUGUCAUCGUCCUCGGACUUGGCAUCUUGACUGUAAGGAAUUGGGACACCGGUCUUCCUGUAUACGGCUUCAUCUUCGUCUGCUUCGGCAUGGGAGUGAUUUUGAUCGUCCCGGAAGGUAUUCUGGAGGGCACAACUAACCAAAGAAUCUUCCUCAAUAUUAUCACCGAGCUUAUUGCUGGUUAUGCUUGGCCGGGCAAGCCUAUCGCCAACAUGAUGGUCAAGAUGUACGGAUACAACAGUGUCAAACAUGGUCUUGACUUUGCCAUGGAUCUGAAGCUCGGACAGUAUAUGAAAAUCCCACCUCGAGUCUUAUUCGUCGGACAAAUUUACUCUUCCAUCCUAGCAACCGCAGUCCAAGUCGGAGUACUCCGCUGGAUGAUGACCAACAUAACUGACCUCUGCUCCCCCAAAAACACCCAACGCUUCACCUGCAACGGCUCAAAAGUAGUCUACAACGCCUCCAUAAUCUGGGGCACCAUAGGUCCCCAACGAAUGUUCCAACACGGUCAAGUCUACUCGGCAUUGAUGUAUUUCUUCGCUCUGGGUCCCAUCGUCACUAUUGCAAUUUACCUCCUCUACCGCCGCUACCCAACCUCUUGGAUAAAAUACGUCAAUAUACCAAUCUUCUUCAACGCUGCUGGAAACAUUCCUCCUGCGAAUACUACACAAUACUCUCUCUGGUUUAUCGUGGGUUUUUUGUUCAACUUUUUAAUCAGGAAAAAGGCAUUCGAGUGGUGGAAGAGGUAUAAUUAUCUUUUGCAGAGUGCAAUGGAUACGGGCACUGCGGUGGCGACGAUUGUUAUUUUCUUUGCGCUGAGUUAUCAUGGGAUUAAAUUCAACUGGUGGGGAAAUACAGUGGGUGGAGAUACUGAUGACGCGAACUCGGUGCCUUGGUUGAAAGUUGCUAAAGGAGAGCAUUUUGGCAAGGGACCUGGUGAGUUUUGA